CAGUUGAUUGUUUUAUUACUGCAUGACGAAAUGGUGAGAGACAGGCUAGUAGUUGGACUAAGAGACACAAAACAGUCAGAACAUCUACAAAUGGACCCUGAAUUAACACUCGCCAAAGCCGUUACCAGAGCUCGAGUAAAAAGCAGCAAGAAGUGCUUAAGAAAAAUUUCAAAGGCGACACACUGAACACGCAGCUCGACAGCAUGCAGCUCAAGCAGCGAGGGGGUGUUAAACACACACCAGUCAAGCUACAGUCAUCCCAAUCAGAACUCACAAAUUUGGAAGCUAUGAAUUCUGCAGAGACGAGGUUUGCCCACCUGCUACAGCCCAUCCGGGAACUUACUAAAAAUUGGGAUGUUGAUCUGGCCACCCAGCUUGGAGAGUACCUGGAAGAGCUGGACCAAAUGACCAUUUCAUUUGAUGGAGGGAAGACAAUGAUGAAUUUUGCUGAAGCCGCACUGUUAAUUCAAGGCUCUACGUGCAUCUAUGGCAGAAAAGUGGAACUUCUACAUAGUUUGGUUUUCCAGACUUUGGACUGCAUCUCGAAUAAAACCAGAAGACGUGACAAGCAAGGCUCUGAGGAUGCAAAUGGCAUCACAGAUGGCACGACUGCAAACAAUGACCGAGAUGAUUAUGAGUUUGAUGUGAUGGAAGAAGAGCCCAGUACUCAAAAUGUGGAAAUGAAGAGCGAUCCAGCUGAGCCAGUGAAGAUUAUCCGGCUGCCUCCUGAGUCUCUGAUUCCUGUAGAGGCACUUGAAAAGCAAAGAUACCCUCUCUUCAGUCUCAAGGGAGAGGUUCUUGGCAGCUGUAAGGAUUUCCGGAUCAAUAACUUCACCAUGGAUGCUUUGGGGAUAAUUUGCUUGGGACGGAAUUCCUCUUGCACUCACUUCCCAAGUGCGGCUUUAGAGGGUAGGGCAGAGGUGAGGGUUGCUGUUCCUAAUGAUAAUUAUGAUGAUAAUGAUGUUGAUGAUAAUGGUGGUGGUGAGGAGCUCCCUCAGCUUGAAGAACAUGUAAUGGAGGUGGGGCCAGAGCCUGAGGAGCAUGUUGAAAGACACCAGGCCCCCAGUGAGAAAAGAUUGCUAAGAGAGAGGCCUCAAGUGCAACCUGCCGCUGAGCAGCCCAAGCAGCAACCGGAGGCUGUAGAUCCUUGGAAGUGGCUUGACCCAUAUGAAAAUACCGGGGAAGAUAAAACUCUGAAAACAGGGAAGUGCUGCAAUGUGCCUGCUGGCCUGGAGGAGUCAGGAAAGAGGAAGAGAAAAGGCCCCUCCAAACUGCAGGACUUCUGGGGCUGGUGCUCAAGUGUUUACGAGAACACAGACCGCAAGCUGAAGAAUGGGCCUUUGUAUCCUGAAUUCAAUUACAUCUAUCUGAGCAAGAUGAAUCAGCGGCUGAAAACACGGAAGAGGAUUCUGAGGAAAACAGGUGUGUAUAUAUCUGAUGAGCUCUUGAAAAGAACUUACUUGGAGCCAGAGAAGCAAGAGGAUCAAGAUGAGGUGGCUCGACAUCCAGACAUGGAUGGGGAGGACUACUCAGAUAAUGAAAACGAGAACUUGUGUGAAGAUCAUGGUCCCGGAAAUGAUAUUGGUGAACAGGACCCGAUUUUCACUGACUCGCAGAUGGGCCGGAUCACUUAUGAGGACCUGGUCAAAAAGAGUGUGGAACUGUUCCUAGUGAAUUCGCAGAAGUAUGCUCAGGAGACUGCUUUGUCUCGCAGAGUAAAGGAAUGGGAGGAUGAGAUCAACCCAAGGCUCUCAGCUCAGGAAGAGCAUCCUCCUUUUGACAUCCAUGACUACGGGGACAGGAUUGUCCAUGCACUCGGUGCUCUUGGGGUGAAGCAGUCAUUUGCAUCCCUCGUCACAGGCAUGGAGAACACAGAAGCCUGCAGAUACAUGCUGGCUUCUCUUCAGCUGGCCAAUGACCACACAGUAGAGAUUGACAAGAAAGCUGGGCUUGAGGAGAGCAUUGAUACCAUGGAGCUGACGUUACUGAGCAAACAGAGGGCACAUGAACGCCUCAAGACAUACAACGCCACCUCAGACCGCGACCUCCCUUGAUGUUUCACUGCUGCACAAUGCACAAACCAAAUGAAACCGGUUGUUCUUAGAUGUACAGACAGACAUUUAUACAGUGCUGACAAAGUCUUUUGAAUCAGACAAGUAUAUUUUAAAGUGCUUUUUUGGUCAUCCAGUUAUGUAUACAUUUAAACCUAUAACUGGAUUUAAUAAACACAGUACUGGUCUAAAAUCCACACUAGGUUUAUUCUGAUCUAAUCUGCUCUGCUAUAUCAUAACAGUCCUGGAAAUCCUUUUUGCAACUGGUGUGGCAAGCUUAUCACCAAGUGCUACCUGGGGGAAAAAGCAAUGUUCCUAUGGAGAUCAGGUUGUCCUCAUUAUACUUGGCUGUGUGUAAUAUUUUUAUGUACUACGACUGUCUUUCUUAUAUGUGUGUUUUCAUGCAUUUCAUGCAUCUUCCAUCCUGUAAUCAAAAUCGGGCAUCUUAGUGCAAAAAUAAAGCAUCAAUUGUCAUGAUGUAAUGAUGUUAUCACAACUAAUAACCUCUAUAUAAGUUAUAGAGACAUAAAGAAUUCAUUUGAAUGUCUGAGGAAUAAAAUUCCAACAAGUCAA